UUGGCCCCUUCCUGCUCUUCAGGUUCCCCCGCCUCGCGCCAUUCUCCUUUUUUAGCCCAUCCUCCUGGGGGUCUCCGGAACAGUAGUGGCCUUGCGUGGGUGGAACCCGCCCUGCCUUCCUCGGGGUUCGUGGCGGCCAUCUUAGGAAGGCGAAUGUGCGCUCGAAGCGGGAAUGAGACUGGUUAGGGCCGGCUGCUGGUGGGAAGGAAGCCUUAUUGGUGAAAGCUAUUCUUUCACCUGAGUGGCCUGGAUAAUUCCUGUGAAAGAGGAGCAAGCUGUUAAAGUGCUUCUUGAAAGAUAAUAGCUAAGAAUGAAAGCUUCACUGCAAGCCUAGCACAAAGCAUUUUAGAGAAAGCUGCUGUUUUGGCAAAUCGGUUUCAGAUUGUUACGAGUAUCGUAAGACUUGCUCAGACCCCAAAUCCAAGCCACCUUUUUUACUGGAAAAGUCCAUGGAACCUUCUCUCAAGUAUAUCAACAAGAAAUUUCCCAACAUUGAUGUCCGAAGCAGCACGCAACAUUUAGGACCAGUACAUCGAGAAAAAUCUGAGAUAAUUAGAUUCCUCAUCAACUACUACCAGUCAUUUGUGGAUGUCAUGGAAUUUCGGGAUCAUGUAUAUGAGCUUCUCAACACCAUUGAUGCCUGCCAGUGCCAUUUUGAUAUUAAUCUCAACUUUGACUUCACCCGGAGCUACCUGGACUUGAUCGUGACGUACACCUCAGUUAUUUUACUUCUGUCACGGAUUGAAGACCGACGGGUACUCAUUGGCAUGUACAACUGUGCCCAUGAGAUGCUGCAUGGGCAUAGUGACCCCAGUUUUGCCCGUCUGGGGCAGAUGGUGUUGGAGUAUGAUCACCCUCUGAAGAAGUUGACAGAGGAGUUUGGGCCUCACACGAAGGCUGUGAGUGAAGCUCUCCUCUCUUUGCACUUCCUCUUCGUCCGGAGGACCCAGGGGGCUGAGCAGUGGCGCAGUGCCCAGCUUCUGAGUCUCAUCAGCAGCCCCCCAGCCAUGAUUAACCCUGCCAAUUCAGACACAAUGGCCUGUGAGUACCUAUCUGUGGAAGUGAUGGAGCGCUGGAUUAUCAUUGGGUUUCUUCUUUGUAAUGGGUGCCUCAACUCCAACAACCAGUGCCAGAAGCUGUGGAAGCUGUGUCUGCAGGGCUCCCUGUACAUCACCCUAAUCCGGGAGGAUGUGCUACAGGUGCACAAGGUCACCGAGGACUUAUUUAGCAGUUGGAAAGGGUAUGGCAAGAGAGUGGCAGACAUAAAGGAAAGCAAGGAGCAUGUAAUUGCAAACAGCGGCCAAUUUCACUGUCAACGGCGCCAAUUUCUGCGGAUGGCAGUGAAGGAGCUGGAGACUGUGUUAACAGAUGAGCCAGGACUGCUGGGUCCCAAGGCCCUUUAUGCUUUCAUGGCUCUGUCCUUCAUUCGUGAUGAGGUCACCUGGCUGGUUCGCCACACAGAAAACGUCACCAAGACAAAGACACCUGAGGACUAUGUUGACUCGAGCAUUGCAGAAUUGCUUUUCUUAUUGGAGGAGAUUAGGGCUCUUGUCCGGAGACACAUCAAAGUGAUACAGCAAUACCACCUUCAGUACCUGGCCAGAUUUGAUGCCCUUGUGCUCAGUGACAUCAUUCAAAACCUGUCUGUGUGUCCUGAGGAGGAGUCCAUUAUAAUGUCCUCAUUUGUCAGUACUCUCUCCAAUCUCAAUCUCAAACAAGUUGAUAGUGGAGAGAAAUUUGAAUUCUCUGGAUUGAGGCUGGACUGGUUCCGUCUACAGGCAUAUACCAGUGUGGCUAAGGCUCCCCUGCACCUUCAUGAGAAUCCUGACUUAGCCAAGGUGAUGAAUCUCAUUGUCUUUCACUCCCGAAUGCUGGACUCAGUAGAGACUAUACUGGUGGAAACUUCUGACUUGUCUACUUUCUGCUUCCAUCUCCGCACCUUUGAGAAGAUGUUUGCCGUGACCCUGGAGGAACCUACCAUGUUGCGUUAUGCCAUUGCUUUCCCUCUGAUUUGUGCUCAUUUUGUCCACUGCACUCAUGAGAUGUGCCCGGAGGAGUACCCCCACCUGAAGAACCAUGGCCUUCAUCACUGCAACUCCUUCCUUGAAGAGUUGGCCAAGCAGACCAGCAACUGCGUCCUGGAGCUCUGUGCUGAGCAACGAAACCUGAGCGAGCAGCUUCUACCUAAGCACUGUGCCACUACCAUCAGCAAAGCCAAGAAUAAGAAAAUCAUGAAGCAGAGGCAGACUCCCAGAAAAGGAGAACCUGAGAGAGACAAGCCAGGAGCUGAGAGUCACCGGAAGAACCGCAGCAUUGUCACCAACAUGGACAAACUACACCUAAACUUGACAGAAUUGGCGCUGACAAUGAAUCAUGUGCACAGCUUCUCUGUGUUUGAACACACGAUCUUCCCUUCUGAGUAUCUCAGCAGCCAUCUGGAGGCCAGGCUCAACAGAGCCAUUGUGUGGCUGGCUGGCUACAAUGCCACGACCCAGGAGAUCGCGAGGCCUUCUGAACUGUUGGCAGGAGUCAAGGCAUAUGUCGGUUUCAUACAGUCGCUGGCCCAGUUUGUGGGUGCAGAUGUUUCUAGAGUCAUCCGCAAUGCCCUCCUGCAGCAGACACAGCCACUGGACUCGUGUGGGGAACAGACGAUCACCACUCUCUACACAAAUUGGUAUCUAGAAAGUCUGCUUAGACAGGCGAGCGGCGGCACCAUCAUCCUCUCCCCCGCCAUGCAGGCCUUCAUCAGCCUUCCCAGAGAGGGGGAGCAGAACUUCAGCGCAGAGGAGUUCUCUGACAUCUCUGAGAUGCGGGCCUUGGCUGAACUGUUGGGCCCCUACGGCAUGAAGUUCCUGAGUGAGAACCUGAUGUGGCACGUGACCUCUCAGAUUAUGGAGCUGAAGAAGCUGGUGGUGGAAAACAUGGAUGUACUUGUUCAGAUCAGAUCCAACUUUAGCAAGGCAGACUUGAUGGCUUCUCUGCUGCCCCAGCUGACAGGGGCUGAUAAUGUGCUGAAACGCAUGACUAUCAUUGGAGUUAUCCUCAGUUUUAGGGCCAUGGCCCAGGAGGGACUUCGGGAGGUGUUCUCCUCCCACUGCCCAUUUCUCAUGGGUCCCAUAGAGUGCCUGAAGGAGUUUGUGACCCCAGACACAGACAUCAAGGUGACCCUGAGUAUCUUUGAGCUGGCCUCUGCUGCAGGAGUGGGCUGUGACAUUGACCCAGCCCUGGUGGCUGCCAUUGCCAAUCUGAAAGCUGAUACUUCAUCCCCUGAGGAAGAAUAUAAGGUGGCCUGCCUGCUCUUGAUCUUUCUUGCUGUUUCCCUCCCACUCCUCGCCGCUGACCCUUCUUCUUUCUAUAGUAUUGAGAAGGAUGGUUACAACAACAAUAUUCACUGCUUGACCAAAGCCAUCAUCCAGGUAUCUGCUGCCCUCUUCACACUCUACAACAAGAACAUCGAAACUCACCUCAAGGAGUUUCUGGUGGUGGCUUCUGUCAGCCUCCUGCAGCUGGGCCAGGAGACUGACAAGCUUAAAACCAGAAAUCGGGAAUCCAUUUCUCUGCUCAUGCGCUUGGUGGUAGAGGAGUCCUCCUUCCUGACCCUGGACAUGCUGGAGUCCUGUUUCCCUUACGUCCUGCUUCGAAAUGCCUAUCGGGAGGUAUCCCGGACCUUCCACCUGAACCGAGUGCCAACUAGUACCCACUGAAGGGCCAUUUGGACCUACCUAAACCCAGGAAGCUGUAGCCAUUUUCUCAAGGGAUGGGGUCAGGAGCCAGAGCUGAUGAACAGACAUAUGGAGGAACAAAACCAACACCAUCCACGGCUGAGAAAUCAAAGAGAAAUGGGGCAGACGGUAGGGGGUGGGGGUGGGGGCGGGGGCGGGGGCGGGAGACGGAGGACAGGUGACGGGAAAAAUUAGGGAACUGGGGCCACGUGUGUACAUUUUAACAUAGUAACAUAUAAAUCAUGUUUUCUAGCUUGUGGUGGCUGGUGCUUGAGCUCUGACUGGCAUGGGUCUCUCGACCUUCAUCACUAUUCUAGGAUAAUGCUGGCGGGCAGAGAUGAUCAAUCAUCAUAUUAAACCAUAAUGAGCUUAUAAUUCUCCCACUGGAGCUGCUAUUGUCUCCUGCACAUUCAUUAGGACGAUUAUCUCCUCUCUUCCUCUUCCAAAUGUGUUCGGCAAACAUUCAGCCUGCUCCUACUGCAAAGUAGUUAAUAGCAAAGGAACUUCCUUUUUCCUCUGUGGGGGCUCUUUCAGGAGUCACGGGUCUCUUCCUCUCCUCCAUCUCUACUGCCUACAAGAGGGAGUGCCCUUGAGAGAUUCUCUCUGGCCCCAGCUGCCCUCACCUGCUCUACCACACCUUGUAGGGACUAAGUUCUCCCAUCUGUGUAGCCAUAACCCCUCCUGCUUUUUCUUUGACAUGCCACAACCCAGAGCCAUGGGUCAAUCUAGCUAAUUCUAAGUCACACCACAACGAGUGGGAUCCGAGUCAUGUGGGUCUCCCUCCCAGAUCGUUUGGGGAUACUCUCCCUGCUAUCUGGAGCCCCUAAUUUAACCCAAAUCCCCUUGUCGUCAUCCUGGGUACAGCUGUUGCUGUAGGCAGGGAUUUCUCUGCUAGAUCUUAAAUUUCAUAGACCUCAUUAGAUUAUAGGGCCCUGAGAGUGGGUAUACUUGAGGGAGUCCAACCUGUUUCAACUUAGCCCUUUUCUGCACUAAUUAGAAUUUCAAGUGUCACAAAGCCUGGGGCGUUCAAGAUAGCACUAAACUAGAUUCAGUUAACUCCGUGGCAGGAAAACAGUGGCCCCAUCCAUCACUUCUGUGCACCACGGCCAAGGAGGACUGGGGCAACAGACAGUAGGUCACAGGUUGAGAGUGGUGGAAAUGGGCGAAUAUAAUUAGUUGAUUAAUUAGGGUCAUGUCCAUAUUUCCGUGAUAAAGAGGAAGCACUUGUUGGGUUUCAACAAAACCAUCUGAGGUUCAUUAAAGCUAUUUGAUAGCUGUUUUGGGA